UAUCAGGUGAUCACCACAUCAUCUCUAUCAACAAUAAGUUUCUAUUGAAUAUCAAAGAGCUUUUUCACUAUCAGAGCUAAACAAGCUGAUCAUCAUUAAGACAUUGAUAUCUAUAUUGACACAUUGACAUAAUUUCAAUUAUGGAUACAAAUAUAUCAACUUCAACUAUUAAAAGCCAUAAUAAAUACUUUUGUAACCAAGAGUCACCUUAUUAUAAUCCAGAAAUUUAUGAGUUGCUGUGUAAUAAUGCUGAAAAAUAUGAACUAACCAUUUCUUGGAAAGCAUUAACUCUUCUUCCGAGAGAUUUAUUUCAUGGCCUCGAGAAUCUUCAGCUUAAAAAAUUAGAUAUAAGUGGUAACAAGCUAACGGAACUACCAAAAGAUAUCUUCGAACCUCUUGAUGAUCUUCGUGAGUUACGAAUAGCAUCUAACGAACUAAGAUAUCUAGAGCCGAGUAUUUUCUAUGAUUUAUUACAACUCACAGAACUUGAUCUCAGCGACAACAAACUGAUAGCAUUAUCGAAAGAUACAUUUAAUGGUCUACAAAAUCUACAAAAACUAUGGUUAGAUUCAAACAAACUGAGUUAUCUUGAGCUAGGUAUUUUUGAUGAUUUAUUAAGCCUACAUACUCUUAAUAUCAACAAAAACAAUCUCACAUUUUUAUCGAAAAAUAUAUUUAGUAGUUUGAAAAAGCUUCGACUUCUUAAUUUAGGUUCGAAUGAACUACAAAAUCUCGAGUCAGGGUGCUUUAAUGGUUUAUCACGACUUGAACGACUUAAUAUCAGCUACAACAGUCUGACAACAUUAUCCAAAAGUGUGUUUGAUGGUCUUCAAAGUCUUGAAACACUAUAUUUGGAUUCAAACAAUCUACAAUAUCUCGAGCCAGGGUGCUUCAAUGGUUUAAGGCUACUCAAGACACUUAUUAUCAGCGACAACAGUCUGACAACAUUAUCCACAGGUGUGUUUGAUGGUCUUGAAAACCUUGAGAAACUAUAUUUGGAUACAAACAAUCUGCAGAAUCUCAGGUCAGGGUGCUUUAAUGAUUUAUCACGACUUAGAAAUCUUGAUAUCAGCAAGAACAGUCUGACAACAUUAUCCGAAGGUGUGUUUGAUGGUCUUCAAAAUCUUACGGAACUAUGGUUAGAUUCAAACAAACUGAAUUAUCUUGAGCUAGGUUCGAAUGAACUACAAAAUCUCGAGUCAGGGUGCUUUAAUGGUUUAUCACGACUUGAACGACUUAAUAUCAGCUACAACAGUCUGACAACAUUAUCCAAAAGUGUGUUUGAUGGUCUUCAAAAUCUUGAAACACUAUAUUUGGAUUCAAACAAUCUACAAUAUCUCGAGCCAGGGUGCUUCAAUGGUUUAAGGCUACUCAAGACACUUAUUAUCAGCGACAACAGUCUGACAACAUUAUCCAAAGGUGUGUUUGAUGGUCUUCAAAAUAUUGAAACACUAUAUUUGACUAUAAACAAUCUGCAGAAUCUCGAGUUAGGUUGUUUCGAUGGUUUAUCACAACUUAUGCUGCUUAGUAUCGAAAACAACAGUCUGACAACAUUAUCCAAAGGUGUGUUUGAUGGUCUUGAAAAUGUUGAAGCACUAAAUUUGGAUUCAAACAAUCUGCACAAUCUCGAGUUAGGUUGUUUCGAUGGUUUAUCACAACUUAUGGAGCUUAGUAUCAAAAACAACGAACUGGCAACAUUAUCCAAAGGUGUGUUUGAUGGUCUUCAAAAUCUUGAGAACCUAUAUUUGUAUUCAAACAAACUACAAAAUCUCGAGUCAGGUUGUUUCGAUGGUUUAACAAAACUCAAGCAGCUUAGUAUCACAAACAACAGUCUGACAACAUUAUCCAAAAGUGUGUUGGAUGGUCUUAAAAAUCUUGACGAAAUAUAUUUGGAUUCAAACAAACUACAAAAUCUCGAGUCAGGUUGUUUCGAUGGUUUAACAAAACUCAAGCAGCUUAGUAUCACAAACAACAGUCUGACAACAUUAUCCAAAGGUGUGUUUGAUGGUCUUGAAAACCUUGAGAAACUAUAUUUGGAUUCUAACAAUCUACAAUAUCCCGAGUCAGGUUCGUUCGAUGGUUUAUCACAACUUAAGCUGCUUAAUAUUAGAAUCAACCGUCUGACAACAUUAUCCAAAGGUGUGUUUGAUGGUCUUCAAAAUCUUGAAACACUAUAUUUGGAUUCAAACAAACUACAAAAUCUCGAGUCAGGUUGUUUCGAUGGUUUUACAAAACUCAAGGAGCUUAGUAUCAAAAACAACAGUCUGACAACAUUAUCCAACGGUGUGUUUGAUGGUCUUGAAAACCUUGAGAAACUAUAUUUGGAUUCAAACAAUCUGCAGAAUCUCGAGUCAGGUUGUUUCGAUGGUUUAUCACAACUUAUGCUGCUUAGUAUCGAAAACAACAGUCUGACAACAUUAUCCAAAGGUGUGUUUGAUGGUCUUGAAAAUGUUGAAACACUAUAUUUGGAUUCAAACAAUCUGCAUAAUCUCGAGUUAAGUUGUUUCGAUGGUUUAUCACAACUUAUGGAGCUUAGUAUCAAAUACAACGAACUGACAACAUUAUCCAAAGAUGUGUUUGAUGGUCUUCAAAAUCUUACGGAACUAAGGUUGGAUUCAAACGAACUACAAAAUCUCGAGUCAGGUUGUUUCGAUGGUUUAACAAAACUCAAGCAGCUUAGUAUCAAAAACAACAGUCUGACAACAUUAUCCAAAGGUGUGUUUGAUGGUCUUGAAAACCUUGAAAAACUAUAUUUGGAUUCUAACAAUCUACAAUAUCUCGAGUCAGGUUCGUUCGAUGGUUUAUCACAACUUAAGCUGCUUGAUAUCAGAAUCAACCGUCUGACAACAUUAUCCAAAGGUGUGUUUGAUGGUCUUCAAAAUCUUGAAACACUAUAUUUGGAUUCCAACAAUCUGCAGAAUCUCGAGUCAGGUUGUUUCGAUGGUUUAACAAAACUCAAGAAGCUUAGUAUCGAAAACAACAGUCUGACAACAUUAUCCAAAGGUGUGUUUGAUGGUCUUGACAACCUUGAGAAACUAUAUUUGGAUUCUAACAAUCUGCAGAAUCUCGAGUCAGGUUGUUUCGAUGGUUUAUCACGACUUUUGCUGCUUAGUAUCAAAAACAACAGUCUGACAACAUUAUCCAAAGGUGUGUUUGAUGGUCUUCAAAAUCUUGAAACACUAUAUUUGGAUUCAAACAAUCUGCAGAAUCUCGAGUUAGAUUGUUUUGAUGGUUUAUCACAACUUAUGGAGCUUAGUAUCAAAUACAACGAACUGACAACAUUAUCCAAAGAUGUGUUUUAUGAUCUUCAAAAUCUUGAGAAACUAUAUUCGGAUUCAAACAAGCUACAAAAUCUCGAGUCAGGUUGUUUUAAUGGUUCAACACAAUUUAAGUUGCUUAGUAUCAAAAACAACAGUCUGACAACAUUAUUCAAAGGUGCAGGUUUCAGAAUUUUACAAAGCUAUGAUGAACUAGAAUAA